AUGCGUGAGGAAAACCUGUUAGGGCCUGUGGCUAUUAGCGGCGAACGAGACAUGCGCAUGCAAACAUUAAAGAACAACCUGAGGGAGUGUCAGCAAGGGGCAGCGGGAGUGGACGAGAACGUGCUAGGUGGCCACAACAUCGUCGUAUAUACCGAGAAAAUUCCCAGCGCCUAUACGCCACAUGCGGCCCUAAAUGAGGAGGUUAAACGGCGCUUCUGGGAGGGGUUAGAUGGGAUUGUGCGCCAGGUUCCGCCUGCUGAGAAGCUAUUCAUAGAAGGGGAUUUCAAUGGUCAUAUUGGGUCGAUCACUGGUGGUUAUGGCGAAGUGCAUGGAGGAUUCGGUUUUAGGGAUAGGAAAGGAGGAGGUACCUCGCUGUUGGACUUCGUUAAGGCUUUUGGGUUGGUGAUUGCGAACUCUAGCUUUCUGAAGAGGGAGGAGCAUUUGGUUACUUUUCAAAUUGCGAUGGUGAAGACUCAGAUUGAUUAUCUUCUCCUCAGGAGGUAUGAUAGAGGACUGUGUAAGGAUUUCAAGGCGAUUCUAGGUGAGAUACUCGCGACGCAGCAUAGGCUCUUGGUGAUGGAUGUGGGUAUUAUGUUAAAGAGGAGGAAAAGAUCUGCUUGA